AGAGCAUUGUUGGAACCAAACAAACAAGGUUGGCAUCUACCAAGAAGGCUGGAAGAGCAGCAUUAACAGAGAGACCUAUGGAAAGGGCCUGCAAGAACACCCACUGCCCUGACAGCCUGCAGCCUCGACCCCAAAGAACACCAUGGUUUCCUUGAUGUUUAUGAAACACUUGCUUCCAAAACACACAACCGGGCCUGCCAAACCAAAUUACAUGUAGAAUAGAAUUUUAUUCUUGUUUUCUCUUUGUUAGAUUAUAUUUAUUGCCCUUAGUCCAAGAAAGGGUGUAAUUACUGUCUUGGAAAAUUUAUUUAUGUGUUCAUAAUUCUGCAGUUAUAUGUGUGCUCAGAUAGGCUAGUCAUUUUAUACCCUUUUUUCCAAAGUAUGACUUUGCAUUUUAUUUUAGAUAUAUGAAUAUUUUAUUACCCAAAUAUUAUGAAUAUUUUUUUAAAUAUUCAGGUCAUGCAGUUCAGAAACUGUUCUGCAACUCUGUAAACAAAAGUACAACCAUAACUCAGCUUGCAGUUAUUUUUGUUGUUAAAGAUACCAAUAUGCCUUUGGUAUAAUCCAAAGAAAAAAUUUUAUAUAUUGAUUUUGUUGAAUCAAUAUGCAUUUCUUGUCCCAGUGAAUACUCAUUAAAUAGCUUUAUAUCCAGUGUUGUAACUUUACAUAUAACAAAUGUAGCUUGAGAUAAUGAAUGACAGUGUCCAGCCCAUUGCAUACGAGUGUUUUGAGUGUGGACGAAGAUUCUCUGCACCACAAGCUUGGAGGAUACACGUCCGUAUGCAUGACGGCAAGAAGUUAUACGAGUGCCAGGAUUGUGGAAAGCAGUUCAAAACGGAGUUCUACUUCAAGUACCACAGGAUGAAUGACACAGGUGAAGAGAAGUUUGAGUGUGGUAUAUGUGAUAAGAAAUUUAGUAAUGAAAGUUGCAUUGACACCCAUUACAAAGUCCAUGCCAACGACAAGCCUUAUGAGUGCAAGAAAUGUGGUAAGGUUUACCUACAGCUGGGGAGUUUCAAGAACCAUGUUAUGGCUCACCCACCAACAUUUUCCUGCAAGGAUUGUGGCAAGGUGUACACUGAUUUUCCAAGCCUAGAAGCCCAUGAGAAAGUCCAUGUAACUCAGAAACCCCACAUGUGCUUAAACUGUGGAAAGAGGUUUGCCCAUGCCUUCAAUCUGGAAAUCCACAUAGAAUCACACUGUCUAGGAAGAAAAGAUACUGAAACUCAGCACAGCAAAGCCUUAUCACAUAAUGAUAUAAUCCAGAGUAGCAAUUGCUGGCAACCUGUGAACAUCAAUCCAUGGAGAGGAAGCGGCAAUGGUGGUAGAAGUACACCAAAGGAGAUUGAAGUUAUUGAUCUAGAAGACGACGAGGAAGAGCUGGAUGACUACCUUCCUCUUGAAGUGUGUCUAAAUGAAGGUGAUGAGGAACUAAGUAUGCGUGACAUGACAGAGGGACCAUCCGAUGAGGACUUAGUCCAUAGUUUGAUGUUGGAGGUGGACAAUCAUUCAUAAAAGACACAAACAUUAGAAGGGCAUGUAGUAAGUGUUUGUACCCUUUUUUUUCCAUGAUGAAUAGAUGUUGAUGAAUAUUUGGAAAAUUAAGUGCACUGUAUUUAUUUGGAAUGCAAAGGAUUAUGAGGGUUUACUACAACAAAAAGCAUUUACAGUAUAUGUCUGUAUGAUGUAUAGUAAACUCUUUUUGUAAAACUGAUAUUUUUUACAGAGUUUAUACACAGGUUUCCAUUCCACAUUUUGAUAUAACUGCAGUCUUUGCACUUUUAAUAAAAAUAAUGAGUGUC